UCCCCUAGUUUCUUUGCUUGAAGAAUAUAAGGACUUUUCUUUCGGCAUGUUGUGAAAUAUUUGGGAUGAAGAAAAGUGAACUUUUUGAAGCAUUCGACUUGUUUGAUGUGAGAGAUUUUGGAAAGGUGAUAGAAACACUUUCAAAACUUUCUCGCACUCCUAUUGCAUUGGGCACAGGAAUAAGGCCCUUCCCUACAGAAGAAAGUGUUGAUGAUGAAGAUGUCUACAAAGGUCUUCCUGAUUUGAUAGAUGAAACUGGUGUUGAUGAAGAUGAGGAGUUGUAUGAUUGUGUCUAUGGAGAAGAUGAAGGUGGGGAGGUUUAUGAAGACCUAAUGAAAGAUGAAGCAGCACAGCAACCUAAAUAUACUGAAAAUGACAUAAGAAGCUGUUGUCUUGCUGAAAUAAAGCAAACUGAAGAGAAAUACACUGAAACUCUGGAAUCGAUAGAGAAAUUUUUCAUGGUGCCAUUGAAAAGGUUUCUGUCAGCAUCAGAGUUUGAUACUGUUUUCAUCAACAUUCCUGAUUUGGUGAAAAUUCACAGGAGUCUAACACAGGACAUCAAUGAUUCCAUUGUUAACAAAAAUGAUCAGAACCUGUAUCAAAUUUUUAUUAACUACAAAGAAAGAUUGGUUAUUUAUGGACAGUACUGCAGUCAAGUGGAGAUAGCGAUAUCGUGCUUAGACAACAUCUCUAAGACAAAAGAAGAUGUUAAAUUGAAGUUAGAGGAAUGUUCCAAGAGGGCAAAUAACGGGAAAUUUACAUUGCGGGAUCUUUUAGUGGUUCCAAUGCAGAGAGUACUAAAAUAUCACCUACUGCUCCAGGAGCUGGUAAAGCACACUACUGAUCCCAUGGAGAAGGCAAAUCUAAAACUGGCACUUGAUGCAAUGAAGGACUUGGCUCAAUAUGUAAAUGAAGUGAAGAGAGAUAAUGAAACGCUCCGUGAAAUUAGACAGUUUCAACUAUCAAUAGAGAAUUUGAACCAUUCCCUCUUACAGUAUGGAAGACCUCAAGGUGAUGGGGAAAUAAGGAUAACUACGUUAGACAAACGUGCAAGGCAAGACAGGCAUAUCUUCUUGUUUGAUCUAGCUGUAAUUGUUUGUAAACGGAGAGGUGAUAAUUAUGAAAUGAAGGAAAUAAUAGAUCUUCAGAAAUACAAAAUUACAAAUAAUCCCACUACUGAUAAAGAAAAUAAGAAGUGGUCUUAUGGCUUCUACCUCAUUCAUAUCCAAGGUCAAAAUGGUUUAGAAGUUUAUUGCAAAACUAAAGACUUGAAGAAAAAGUGGCUUGAACAAUUUCAGAUGGCUCUGUAA